GGUGUGCCGCUUGUUUCAUUCAGAGUGUGAGUACCUCAGGUUCGCAUUUGUUCGGAGGGGUUCGGAGCUGCUCGGAGCGGAUGCUACUGCCGUGCUAUUGUACCGAGAUUGAUCCUGGCUACCAAAUACCCCGCCACAACCGCUCCAAGUAGCUAUCAAUAUCGUGGAGUAGAAGAAAAGUGUCUGUUUCGUCAUUAAUUGUUCCAUUGUCUGCUGAGACAUAUCUUUUGUGAAUCCCGCCAUCUCCCGGUUCAAUUGAGUGACUCCUCUCUUGUGAUAGUUGAAUAUCGGACAAAUAUAUAAGCAGAGAGAAGCGACAUAAAACACAGCACAUCCCAUUUCUUGCUCGUUAUCAGAAUCAAAAUAUCAUCGAACGUCUCGACUCCCAACUCACUUGACUUCACUUAGAAACCCGAGACAAUAAUUCAAUCAUGGUUUUUUACGAACCGGGUGUCACUGACCAUAGUCUCCCCCGAGAUCCAUUCAAAGCUUGUGUUGUACCUAGACCCAUUGGCUGGAUCUCCACCCGAUCACAAGACGGUAAAGAUAAUCUUGCACCGUACAGUCAAUUCAACAACCUGACCUUCGACCCACCAUAUGUCAUGUUUUCAGCCAAUCAAACAGAUGCCAAUGUUCGAAAAGAUACCACUAUGAAUGUUGAACAAACUGGUUCUUUCGUAUGGAAUAUGGCCACUUGGGACCUCCGAGAAGCUGUGAAUAUCACAUCUGAACAAGUUGAAUAUGGCGUUGAUGAAUUUGUAAAGGCUAGUCUCUCAAAGAUUCCCUCAACAAAUCUCAAGCAUGUAGUUCCCAUGGUCGAAGAGUCGCCUAUCAGGUUCGAAUGCACUUACCAUUCGACUUUGAGAUUGCCGGGAAACCCUCCUAUGGGGACUGUAGAUAUUAUCAUUGCGAAGGUUGUCGGGGUUCAUAUCUCGGACACAGUCCUCACAGAUGGAUUAAUCGACUUGAGUAAGGUUCAGCCUAUUGCAAGAUGUGGUUAUUAUAGCUAUGCUGUGGUGCGGGAAACAUUUGAGAUGCAACCUCCACUUGGGAAAAUGUCCUAUGGGCUGGAAGGAAAUGCUGCGAGUAAUGCAAAGGAGCAUCGUGAACAGACGAAGACUGAAAGCUAGACGAGUAAAGACUUGGAAAUUGAAGAUGCCGAUCAAAGACGCCCUGAAGACACAAUGAUUUGCAAUUGUGAA